AUGACUUCCCAGGGCCCCAAGCUCCACCAGGCAUCGCUCCUGGUUUGCCUCUUACUGUUGCUGCUGUUGGUUCAAGGAGUGAAGCCCCAGAAUGGGGAUCACAAUGGGAAAGGGAGGAGCCAGAAAGGAGAGGAAGCUUCCCCAAAAGGUGAGGGCGAAGAACAGCUAGAAGAGCAAUUUGUGGUUUCAUCAGUUGGAGAGAUACUACAGUUGCUGAACAUGCAGCAGUCAGAAGAGGAGGAAGAGACAGAAGGAGAGGUGGAGAUGGAAGAGAACGCAGCCGUUCGAGACCACCUCUUUGACUUGGCCUUCUGCUUCAACCUCGCCAGCAUCCUGGUUUUUUUAUGA